AUGCAUCUUCGCCACCUCUUAACACCCUCACUGUUCGCUGCCACCGCAGUAGCUGCACCUAGCGCAGCCACCAAGGAAGCAUGCAAGGAGAUCUCCAAAGCAAUCCCGGGUCGUGUAUCGCUCCCCUUCACUAUCAACUAUAACGAGGAGUCCACAGGGUACUGGUCUACACUUCUACGCGAAAUCAAGCCCGCUUGUGUAGUCACUGCCAAGUCAUCAUCUGAUGUCUCCACCGCUGUCACCAUCUUGAACAAGUAUCCGGAUGUGAAGUUUGCUGCAAAGAGUGGCGGCCAUGAUCCGAACCCCACUCAUGCAACUGUCCGCGAUGGCGUCCUCAUCUCGUUGAAUGAGAUGGUUGGUGCGACCUAUGACAGCGGCAAAAAGGUGGCGUAUGUGAAACCUGGUGGAGAGUGGAAUGAUGUUAUUUCUGCGCUUGAUAAAGACGGCGUGGCAAUUGUCGGAGGACGUCUAGGCUUGGUUGGUGUUGGUGGUCUACUUACACAGGGUGGAAUCUCUUUCCUAAGCGCUCAGUAUGGUUUGGCUGCCGACAACAUCGUUUCCUGGGAGAUGGUAAACUGGAAUGGCACCAUAGUCAACAUCGAUGCUGAGACCCAACCGGAUCUUGCUGUCGCAUUGCGAGGCAGUGGCAGCCAAUUUGGAAUCGUCACUCAAUUUACCGUCAAAGCCUACCCGAUUGGCAAAGUUUGGGGAGGUACUCGCGUAUACGACGAAUCAAAGACCGAAGAACUCUACAAGACGAUGCACAAGUUCAUUCCCUACAGCAACGAGGACCCCAAAGCCGCCAUCAUCGUAACCAGCCUCAUCCUCACCGGGGGAAGCAAAUUGAACCUUUUGUUUUACUUCUACGACGGCGAACAACCACCGACUUCUGGUCCUUUCGCGGACUUUUUGAAGAUCAAGUCGACUUUGUCUUCAACCAAGACACAAUCUUAUCCAGAUUUGCUUAAAUCGAACGGCGCUGGGGUCUCGUUGUUGAACUCAAGAAUCUCAUUCAGAACUGCUACUAUCCCCUACUUCGCCGCAGGCUCAAAGGUUUACAGCGAAAUCGCCAACAAGAUGAGCGACAUCACGAUGGUUUACUUCAAGCAGCUACGAGGUCUUGCAUCCCAGUGCUCAGUUGACUUCCAGCCUUUGCCCGCCGCCAUCGGCAAACAAACCGAGAAGCGCGGUGGAAAUGCAAUCGGCUUCACUGCAAGUGAUCCUGAUCGCGUUCUUCUGGAGAUCCAGUGUGCCUGGACUGAUAAGAAGUAUGAUGAUUCUGUGCGUCAAUUCUCCAAGGACUUGACCUCGUAUAUUGAGGAGAAGCUGCCGGAGUGGAUUGAAGAGUAUGGAGCUCCUGCGAAAAAUUAUCUUCCUCUCUUUAUGAAUGACGCAAUGUCGGAUCAGAACGUUACGGGAACUUAUAAAGAUUACGCAAAGUUCAAGGCACUUCAGCUUGAGGCUGAUCCAGAAGGAGUGUUGAGGGAGAGGAUGGGCGGCUUUAAAUACUAA